GGUGAAUUGGCCUCUAGAACCCCUGCUCUGGGGGGCAGACCAAACAACUGCAUUGUGAAGUCCACAACCACUGACCACCUUCCAAGCGCCAGGCACCACAGAGACACUAGAAAUCAUGUGAGAAGCGAGAGUUUCUGCGUUCAGGGAGCACCGAGUCUAGUGAAGGACAUAGAUAUCUAAACAGCCUACAGUUUGAUGGGAUAAUUUUUGAAAUCUGUGAUCUCCCAGGCCAAGAAGAACAAACUGAGGACUAUCUCUGAAAGCCAUUGAAUUCCUUAGUUAAAUCCAGAGGGAAAGUCUGAGAUCAAUAUGGCUGUUGUGUCCGUGAUAGUUGAGGAUAAAUUAUUGGAAAGAGACAGGUACUAACUACUUCUUUUGCAUUUGACUCUUGGUCCUUUUUUUGUGAGCUUUUUGUUCCUGCAAAGCUGGCUUGGGUCAACGUAGUAAGUCAAAAAAAAAAAAAAAAAAAAAACCCUCAAUGAAAGAAGCUGGGAAUCUCCAAUCUCCAUCCCAAAACAUGUCGCUGAUGACUUGAACAUAUCACCAGAUACUAAAGAUACAGACGGCAGCUUCCACCUAUGGGAGAAUGACCCUCUGAAGAGAAACUUGGAAUCAUCAUCAGAGCCAUUGGAGGGGACAUCUGAGAGUCAUGUGGGUGAAAUUUUACAAGACCCUGUCAUGCCUCCAGUCCAGGAUAGAAAGUUAGAUCCACUUCCAAAAACGCAUAGACGUCUUAAGAAGGCUGUAAGGACAAAGAGAAUGAGGAAGAGCAGGAGGAAGGAGAGGGUGGAGACCCACCAUGCCCCCAUCCUUCCAACACCUUUUGUGCCACCACAAAGUGAAGAAGAUGAGGUGGUAGACACAAAGCCGGCUGUAUUCAGUGCUCCGGAAGAUGAUCCUGACCUUCCCAGUGAGGACAGGUUACAGAGUCAGCGGGAUAAGGGCGCAUGUGCGAUGCAUCAGGAGUGUCAGAUACAGCCCUGUGAGCUCUCAGUGUCCCAGGAGCCGGGGCCGUCUUCUCCGGCAGUGACAUCCUUGGCAUCACCACCACGCUGCUUUGGUCGCUUCCUAAGCUGCGUCUGCCAGACCUUCUCGAGGUCUAGGAAGCAGAAGGCCCCCAGAAGAGAGGACACCAAGCAGGCUGGGGCAGGAGGUGAUGCUAAGGCCCUAAGACCUGCCCUGCUGAGGGGUCUGGGCAGAAACAGAGUGCAACCUCAUGAAAGCCUGUAGCAAGUUGAUGCCGAUAUGGCUUCUCCCUGUGUUUCAUUUUGUAAUUUUCCCCGUGUUGUUGUUCCUGUUGGUCGAUUCUUGUUUAUCAAAGAUAAACGUUUUUGCUCUGCUUUUUUGGUGAGAUCCUUAAGCCUGAGGAAGAGGUAAAAGCAAAGUAACUUUGAAGAUUUUAACACUUUACCCAGUAGUGGGAUUGCUUCCUACUUCCUCCCAUUAGGCUGAAGUGGAAUUCACUACAGAGCAGCGGUUCCCAAAAUCCAUGCGGGUGUCACUCAUGUCUUCAGUUAGCUUAAUUCUCACUACCUUCUCUGAGGAUGGAAGCCAUUCCAUCUCAUCAUUUUGAGUAAUGUCUCCAGAAAUCAACCACCGAGUGGAGACUUCUCAUGUCCAGCCGCUCUCAUUGUCUUUUACCUUUGGCUAAGAGAUUCAUUUUGCAUUCCUCAUCCUCAGUACUUUGUUGAUAUUCUGACACUCCCUACCUGAUUUAGAAAUGUCUCAGGGAGUGGUCGUUGCUCCUUUGCUCGCAUAAGGUAGCGCUACAAUCUCCUGUAUCUCUCACCGUCCUUUGGUUUUCUUUCUGUCACUUGUUAGUAAGAUAUCUGGCCCUUACUUCUCAAGUGUUCUGUAUUAAGAACCUCGUCACAUAAGGUAAUGGGCUCCUUUCCUUGUUAUUCUUUAGCCAGAUUCACAGAAUCCCGAGUUCUGAGAACCGUAAAGAAAAUAAGUACUUAGAAAAAAGUUCAAGAUUAUUUCAUUUCCUGUUGUUGUCCCAGCAUACUAGGUUACUCCUCUUCCCAGGACAUAAACUAAGAGUUUAAAUUAAUUUUACACCCUCCUUUGAGAGAGUAGGUUUAAGGUGAAUUUGAGAGUUUUCCCGUAGCUUUAAUGACCUGUUGUUAUUUCCUACAUGUCCCGGUUUUUCCGAUUCAUAUAAGAAUAAUCAAUAAAAGUACAAAUAGAAAUAAAUGUGUAAAGUAUCUGCAUUGGAAGGAAAUUGUACAAUUUCUUCCUUCUUUAGGACUGACCCCAAUGGUUACUGCACUAGAAUUGGAGAAGAUAACCAAUGUGUUUGUUUUGUUCUUUCUUGCCUGGAAUCGGGCCUGGUGCUGUUGGGAGAAUGAAGUUGGGAAGGGAAUAGAAUGAGGUGCAGGAGCAGUGGCGAAAGAUCCCAAAGGCUGCCUUGCGAGUAAUUGGUAAAAACCACCCUGGAGGGAGGCUUGUGAUGUGAUGAGGAUCUCAAGUUAGAAUGAGAAAUUUUAUGAAAUGUCAUACUCCAUGUUUGGAGUAAAAUGGGACAGCUUUCUAAAGUCAGUCAUGCUUUGAUACCUUUAGUUGUCUAAAGAGUGGUUGAUUGUUUAGAGAGUAUGGCAUUUUAAUAGAGCUAGUUGAGCAUUAUAAAUGGGCUCAAGCUAUUACAUGAAAUUUCAAAUUAUUCAACUGUAUUUAUGCACAUAUUUUCUCAGUGUUAUAUAAGAAAUGUGUUCCCAGGCAAGGCAUAGUGUACGUAAAGUCCUGAGUCAUGGAGCCUAUUAUUAAAAGCUCAAAAGAAGGUAGAUAUUAGUGUUGUCAUUAAGGCUUUGUUAUUGUUAUUGUUUCUUAUUAUAAGAUAUUUUAGGAUGAGCUGUUCUAUCAUAGAAAAACUAUUAGUUUCAACCUGGUUAGCCAUAUGCCCACUCCCAUUUACAAUGGUGAUUUUCACACAAAGUUUACUUAUUCCAAAUUUAAGAUACAUAUUACAGAUAAGGGAAGAUCUGUAUAAGCACUUAGUUUUGAAACUCUUUUGCGCAUGUGUCUUGACCGCCCGCUCACAAACAGGGGAAAGGGUGUCCAAUACUCCUCAGCUGCAUUUGUAAAGAAAAAAGGAUAUGUUCUCAGGUUUCAGACUUUGUGUUGCUAUCUUCAGAGUCUGAAUUAUUAAACAUGGUUUCUGUCUUAAUAAAGUUGUUUUUUCAAAAUA